AUGGAGAGAGAUGCCAAGAUAGGAGAAGACGAAUCAAUCAUGAACCAGCUGCACAGUCUAAGGAAAGAAAUGAGGAACAUGCGAGUCACUCGGGGAAGUGAGAGUUUGGAUUAUGAUGAUCUAUGCAUACACCCGGAUAUUGGCAUGCCAGUAGGGUACAAACCUCCUAAGUUUGAUAUUUUUGAUGGGACAGGUGAUCCUCAUGCACAUUUGAGGGCCUACUGCGACAAGUUAGUAGGAGUGGGAAGGAACGAGAAAUUGAGGAUGAAAUUGUUUAUUAGAAGUUUGUCAGGAGAGGCGCUCACUUGGUAUACUCGCCAAGAUCCUCGCAAAUGGAGCGACUGGCAGGAUAUGGCUGGGGAUUUCAUGAAUCGCUUCGGAUUCAACACUGAGAUCACACCAGACAAAUUUUCUCUGAGCAACAUACAAAAGAAGGCGACUGAAUCAUUCCAGGAUUACGCAAGACGUUGGAGAAUUGAGGCUGCCCGAGUUAUGCCCCCAUUGGACGAAAGCGAGCUCAGCAAGUAUUUCAUUCGAGCUCAGGAAGGCAUCUACUUUGAAAAGAUGAUGGGAUCAAUGGGCCAAAAGUUCGCAGAUUUGGUCAAAAUGGGAGACUUUUUGGAGGAAGGAAUCAAGUCUGGAAAGAUUCAAUCAAUGGCUGCGCUACAAGCCGCAAGCAAAGCCAUACAGUCAGGUUCCAUUAGCGGAAUUAAGAAGAAGAAGGAGGACAUAUCCAAUAUCACACCUUACUAUCGGCGAGGAGAGUCAUCUCGCCGAUACCCCACAAACCCCCAAAUCUUUGCUCAUGCCCCUUAUGUCCCAUACCCAGCUUAUAACGCCCAACCACAUUACAACCCACCACGAGCCCCCACUUACCAAAACCCUCCAAGACCUUACACCCCUAUCCAAGCACCCGUUCACCAGAAUAGACCACCAUAUGCCCCAAGACCUCGCCCAACUCCCGAAGUCAGAAAUACCCGAACCUAUACCCCCAUAGCCGAGCCUUUGGCCCAGUUAUUUGAAAGGUUGAGGACAGCAGGAUUGUUGCAACCAGUUGAAGGGAGAAUCCCUGAUCCAAUUCCUCGAAACUUUGAUGGGAACAAACGCUGUGCAUAUCAUUCGGGAAUUCAGGGACAUGACACCGAGGAAUGCUUUGGUUUGAAGAACCAAGUUGAAGCUUUAAUCAAGAGUGGAGCAAUUCAAUGCACUACAGCGCCCCCGAACGUGAACAACAACCCGCUACCAAAUCAUGGAAACCGAGCAGUUAAUAUGAUAUCAUUUAAUGAGGAAUAUGACUUGGAGGGAACCAUUGUGCCCGUUGGAAACACUGAGGCAUUUGUUGCAACAUCCCCAACCGCUCCCAUCAUCACGGUACAGUUGAAGGCGCUCAAGAAUCGUUCGUACAUACCAACCAAAAUUCGUGGUGACCACCGUUGUAGCAAGAAAGCACGAUUAUGA